UACUGGCGAUUGGUAAAGGUAACAUAUAUUUUGAUAUACUGGUUAACAUAAUACUUAUAGAUCUAAGAGUUUCCAAUCCCUUGGUUCUGAAUGAUUUCAACUCAACUUUUGUAGUAUAUGUUGCACAAAAAGUAAUAAAAAUUACCCCAAAACAUGAGAAAUUUUAGCGACUCUGACUCAAACAUUUCAUGAUAUCGACAUUGACUUCAACUCCGGCUCUUCAAAAACACCCUACUCUAAAAACAACUUUUCUAAAAAGUUCUCAUAAUUAGCCGACUGCAUUUCUGACUUCAAAAGAUUUAUCCAGUCACGAAAAUGGCUCUAACAUUACUUCCGGAAUCCAGCAAGAAUGGAGCACUUCCAUUCGAGCAGAUUAUGGGAGACUUGUCAUUUCUACAACUCGAAUCCGUCGCUCCAUUGCCAGAAUCCGGUCAGAACUUCGUAACUGGGUUGCUCCCAUUUGGCGUCUCAGAAUCUGUCGACUUUCAUAAUUUGACAAAAUCCCCAGUUCCAGCAAUGUCGCUAUACCACGCCCAUGCCGGCCAGGCCGAGAUCAUCCGGACGAUCCAGAAGGAUCAGAGCUACAUCGAUGAAAUUCGGGGUCAGCUCAGCGAAAUCUUGCUCCUCGUAAGCCAAAGGAACUGGUUCAAGUACCAGCACUUGUGCAAACUGAUUGCCGAAAUCCUCUACCACCACUAUGCCAUCGUGAACAACCUGCAAACACUGGGCGAAGAGUACACUGGAAUCAUCCAGGUCGACUCCAACUACGUGAUGCUGCCGAAUAAGGCCUUGCAAAUUUUUGCCAUUCUGCUGGAAUACGGUGGCGAGCACGUGGUCGAUCGGAUUCUAACCCGGUUACAAACGGAAAUCGAUCGCAGCGAGGAGAUACUGCCGGAAGCUAAGGAAAACUUGAACCGGAUGCUGGACGGGCUAAAGUUCAUCGUUCCGUACGUGCGAGGCUUCCACACCAGCUUGUUCUACAUCUACAGCGGAAAGUAUCACAUUUCGAAGCGACUGACGGGAAUCAACUACGUCCUCAUCCGGAACUGGCUCAAAGAGAACCACUCGAUCUACGGCUUCCGGAUCCUGGGAGUGGUCACCCUGCUACAGUUAGUCCUUUCCCUAAUCGUCAAAAUGGUGGAACAGCGCAAAAAGAGCAAAGCGGACGCCGCCAACGCAGCUAUCAAACGUGCAGCGCCAUCAGCAAGCGGUGGCGAAAGACCGAACCACUCCUCGGAGCGCAAGUGCGCCCUCUGCAUGGAGCAGGCCGUAGACCUGAGUGCCACCCAAUGUGGUCACCUGUUCUGCUGGGUUUGCAUCCUGAACUGGCUGGACGAGCGGCAGAUUUGCCCGAUCUGCCGGGAGGCGAUCAAGAAGUCGCGCGUGGUGAGGUUGCAGAACUACUAACACUGGAUGACAGCUGUCAAAAGUGACAAUUUUGAGGUUAGAAUUUGGGAAUUUCGGAAUGCAAAUCAAAUUAGUCACAAAUUUAUUCAUAAAUGUUACUUUAAUAUGUACAAAGUACUACGUAGCUCUUUUCAAGAGUAUUUUUUUUAUUUGUUAUAAUUUCCUAAUCCAAUUGCGCGGUGAUGUCUUCAGUGCGAUCGUGUCACGAGCCUGUUUGGCUGGUUCAAAGAUUUUUUGUUUUGUUUCGUAGUUUGUUUUAAGAAAAAGGGAAAUAUUUACACAAUAAGCAGCGUCCACCUUCGGAAUGAUGGCGCUCUGACCUCACUUUUCUUCACCCCUUCAGCAAAUGUCAAAUUCAAAUAUUUACGGAUUCCACGUUUGUUGGAGUUAAAGGAAAGUAAGGUUAAAACACUCGUCGUAAUUUUGGAGCGAAUCCCUCGUGCUUUGCAGUAAUUUUGCCAAGCCAAAUUUUCUUGCCGAUCGAGAAAACUUGCUUGAAACUCGCUUGUACUGGGUAGUUUGCUUGCACGGAGAGUGAAGCUCCAAAACAUCUUGAAGCCCCCAUUUGUCGGCGUGCUUCAUUUGACAGUCAAGUGAAGCACGCCGACAAAGGUGACUCUUUCCGGAGGUGGACCAAGUCAGCGUCGGAAAAGGGCCUAAUAAAUAAAAGUGAUGUUUUUGUUCAAAAUUUUAAAA